CGGCGCCAAGUAAGAACGUCCAGGAAUGGGGAGAUCACACAGUCAGGGCUGGGACCCAGUGGGUGGGCUCUCUGGCUUCUUCUGCGACUCCUUCCCACAGUGAUAUCUAAUGCACCGAGGGCUGGGCCUCCAUGGCACGCCCCCUAGGCCGUCUCCUAGUCGCAAGAAGGGACCAGCCCAGACCAACCCACUGGAGAAGUUCAUGAUAAGUGAGAGCAGACUGGAGACCUCUGGGACUCUGAUGAGAGUCUCCUCAUGCACACAGCCCCCUACAAGCGAUCCUGGGAAGCUCCAAGCGCUUGGCCACUCUACCAGAAAGGUUUCCUGUGCUCCUACCAAAGCCUUCAUCCCAUUUCCGCGGUUCGGGAGCCCUGCUGACUGAAGGGGAGCACCUGGGAGUCUCCACCACCCCACCACCCCACCACCCACCCCCAGCAUGAAAACUCUAAAGAAACAGUGGUUAGAAGUACUGAGCAUCUACCACUAUGUGCUCUGUUUCGUCUUCCUGGGCCCUGUCUUUUCCCUUCUUGGCGUCUUCCUCCUCUUCACCUCACUCUGGUAUUUCUCUCUUCUCUACUUGGUAUGGUUAUUCCUGGACUGGGACACACCCCAGCGAGGUGGAAGGCGUUGUCAGUGGUUGAAGAACUGCACUGUUUGGAAACACCUGAGCAAUUAUUUCCCCAUUAAGCUGGUGAAGACAGCAGAGCUGCCCCCAGACAGGAACUACGUGCUGGUGUCUCACCCACACGGGAUCAUAGCCAUCGGAAGCUUCUGUAACUUCGCCACGGAGGGCACUGGCUCCUCGCAGCAGUUCCCAGGGCUCCGGUUCUCACUGGCCGUGUUGAAUGGCCUCCUGUACACGCCAGGCCAUCGAGAGUACUUUCUGUCCUGUGGAGUAUGUUCUGUGAACCGUCAGAGCCUGGAUUUUGUUCUGUCUGAACCACAGCUCGGCAGGGCUGUGGUCAUCGUGGUCGGAGGGGCCAAUGAGGCCCUGUAUGCCGUCCCAGGGGAGAACUGCCUCACUCUCCGGAAUCGUAAAGGCUUCGUCCGCCUGGCACUGAGGCACGGCGCCUCUCUGGUGCCCGUGUACUCCUUUGGGGAGAAUGACAUCUUCAGAGUUAAGGUUUUUGCCCCAGACUCCUGGCAGCGUCUGUUCCAGGUCACCAUCAAGAAGCUCCUGAGCUUCUCUCCUUGCAUCUUCUGGGGCCGUGGUCUCUUCUCAGCAAAGUCCUGGGGCCUGGUGCCCUUGGCCAGACCCAUCACCACUGUGGUGGGCCGCCCCAUCCCGGUGCCCCAGUGCCCGCAGCCCACCGAGGAGCAGGUGGACCACUAUCACACGCUGUACAUGAAGGCUCUGGAGCAACUGUUUGAGGAGCACAAGGAGAGCUGUGGCCUCCCGGCUUCUACUCGCCUCACCUUCAUCUAGCCCUGGCCUCACCCCUGCGCCCUUCCCAGCCUGCCCCCCGCCCCCAGCCCCUGAUCCCAGCGCCU